AUGGCAGCCGCUAACGAAAGCGAGCAGCAGGCUGCUUCUGGUGCCGGUGAGCCAACAACACCGACCGGCCCGGCAACUUCCUGCCCGCCGGUGGCCACGCUUGAUCCGCAGCUGUUGAUGGCUGCUCGCCGCGGCGACAUCAAGCAGCUCAAGGAUCUGCUGCUGCUCAAGGACGGCGACGAGCAGCAAGGCUCAUCGUCCGUGACGGCGGGAGCACAAGACGCGAUAGUGGAAGUCGAUCCUCGACCUCCUCCUCCUCAUGACGCUGUUGCACCACCCUCCUCUGGAUCGUCGUCACCGCCGCCGCCAGUCCCGGUAGUCCUUGAUGAGGAUGGUGUGACCAUGGAUGGGGACUCCCUGCUGCACGUGGUUGCGGGAUGCGGGGACACGCAACAGUACCUCGACUGCGCCAAGAUGAUGGUCCGCAACAAGAAGCACAAGGCCGGCGGUGGUGCAGAUGCAGUGCGCCUAGCCCUGGAAGCGCGCAACCUCAAGGGCGACACGCCCCUGCACUGCGCCGCCGGUGCUGGGAACGCCAACAUGAUCGGAUGCCUCCUCACUGAUCUCAUCGCCAACACCUCCGGUGACGAGGCCGUGGCAGCGGUGAAGAAGGCGUUCCUGAUCAGGAUGCAGAACGAGGUUGGGGAGACCGCGCUCCAUCAGGCUGUCCGCGCUGCCAACAACAAGGUGGCCUGCAUCGACCAGCUCAUGGCCAUGGAUCCCGAGCUGGCCUGCAUCCCACAUCAUGAUGAGGAAGAUGCUGGUGCUUCCCCGUUGUACUUGGCCAUCUCACUGGGUGAACUCGAGAUUGCGCGGCACCUGUAUGUCAAGAGCAAAGGCAAGCUGUCCUAUUCCGGACCAGAUGGCCGGAACGCCUUGCAUGCAGCGGUUCAUGUUCAUCGUGGCCAAGCGCUGCCUAUGAUCUUGGAAUGGCUCGUCAAGGACAUGAAGCCUAAAGAAGGCAGUAGUAGUGUGUGUCUUGUCUCGCAGCUGACUAGCCAAAGGGACAGGAAGCAGAAGGGAAGCACCCCUCUUCACUUGGCCGCGUCGUUGAACGGGUGGCCAGGCGCGGGGUUUCUUUCCAGACGGUUUCCAAAAGUUUGGCCGACGGCCGAAUCAGUGGCUACACUGCUGCUGGAUGCUAACGAAUCCACGGCGUACCAGGCGGACGACCAAGGAUGGUACCCCAUACACGUCGCUGCAGCGUUUGACAGCCUUGGCGUCGUGAAGGUGCUGCUGGACGACAUGGAGAGGAGUCGUCGUCGUCAGGACUGCGCCACCCUGCGAGAUGGCAAAGGACGGACUUUCCUCCAUGUUGCUGCCGAGAUGAAGAACCACAGCGGUGCUGCCGCUGUGGUUCAAUAUGUCUGUGGUGAAAUGCCACAGCAAUUGUCAUCGAUGAUUCUGAAUGCGCAGGACAGCAACGGGGACACGGCUCUGCACGGCGCUGUCCGUGCUGGGAACCUUGCCGGCUCCACCUGUCUACUUCGGAAUCGGCUGGUACGCUUGGACGUGGCAAAUAAAGAUGGGAUGACACCUCUUGAUCUUUCAUGGACUACGCUCCCUUCAGGGUUUGGUUAUGCAUUUAAUCCAAGAAAUGUUGUACGCCUGUCAUUGCUUUAUUCAGGAGCUCCUCAUGGUGGAGGCCGGCCGGACCUCUACUAUGAAAAACACAGCAGCAAAAGAGACGUAGUGGAGGAAUCAAAGAAAUAUACAGAGGCAACGCAGGUGACGAGCAUUGUUACUGCGCUUAUCGCGACUGUGGCAUUUGCCUCGGCUUUCACAUUGCCUGGAGGUUACCGAGCAGACGGCGCUGCGGCUGCAGGCACGGCAGUGCUUGCUGGGAGUGGGAAGAGCUAUGCUUUCGACGCGUUUAUCCUCGCCGACACGCUGGCAUUCAUCUUCUCCAUGGCGGCUACAUGUUCUCUCGUCUAUGCCGGGUUGCCGGUUAUGGACACCUCCAUCCGCAACUGGUACUUCAACGUUUCGGCGGUCUUGCUGCAGAGUGCAGCGAGGAGUUUGGUGGCCGCUUUUGCUUUGGCCUUGUACGUCGUCCUGGCUCCAGUUGAUCACAAGACUGCAGUUGCUGUCUGUGCUAUUGUUUUCGCAACUUCGCUGUAUGGGAACACGGGAGCUGUGCAGGUUGCUCUUGUGGCAAACACGGCCCGCACUCGGAUUGGAAUGCGACGAGUUGUGGUAUGCUUUUUCACAGCAGUAAUUAGUCUUGGUGCCUUGGUAAACUUUGGGUCCUACAUAAUAAUAUUCGGUCUUCCAGCAAUUCUCAAGUGUUGGCGAGAUAACACUACUUUAUAG